CAUCGCAAAAGUGCACAAGUGACGAAAUGGUCUUGAGACUUUGAAAAUCCCACCCACUCACCCAAGCAAGGAUGGCUACCUAAUCGUACAUGGUAAGUACGGACGACAAUCCAGAUUCACGUCUCUCGACUUCGCGCGUGCGGCUUCUAGGACGACUGGCUUCCGAGCUCUUACAAGCUUCAACGACAACGUCACAAAAUUCCACACAGCAUGGGACCACUCCACAAUCUGUCACCUGUGAGGCUUUCUGCAGGUACACAGGCCUGCCGCUGUCUAGGGUACACCGCCUCCUGAGCUUUCCAGCAUGCUCUGACUUCUUGGCAACGGUACAUUGCAUUCUGUUAUGCAUCGGAUCAAAGUCCCUCUUGCUUGCGCGAAUCAAGUCUUCCGACUGCACUAAAUAUUGGGCUUUCAGCUCACCUCCCACGGCAAUCACAUUUGGAUUUUCUUUGUGGCUGGCGCCAUGCUGUGCCUGAAAGAUAGGAAUCGUCGCUUCCAUGGCUCUCAUUAUUUGGAAAAUAUUGCCUGGACUGUGUCAUGGUCACCGGAUCCUUGAACGAUUGGAUAUGUCCAAUUCACAGGCGACACCAACAGCACUAGGUACCACCUCGCCACAUGCUCAUCUGGUUCGUCGUACUUGUAGUCAGUAUGAAUCGAGCCAUCAAGGUCUCAGACCCGUAUUGCUGGGCCUAACAGAUCACCUUCGCAUUGACUUCAUUACGCCAUUCGUACUGAUCCCAUACUUCUCUCAGAAUGUGCUCUCUAUGCGGUCUAGUUUUGCCCUUUGGGAAAGACUUUUGAUAACUCUAAAUCCCACAGGAUGUUGGCAGGUUCUCUUUCGGAGCCUUUAUUUGGCUGCCAGCAGAUAUAUCUUCCGCAAAUUUGGCAUGGAAUAGAUGGCCUGAAGUACCGGGCACAGUGGCAUUCCUCUUCUUUUCAGACUGGCCAGCACUUACUUGCUAUAUCAGAAUUUCUGGACGAGAACUGAUGUUCUGUCAUUUGUCCAGUGAAAGGAGCUUUUCGGUAAGAACAGCUUGAUUUGAGGUUGCUUGUCGUACAAUCCCGCUCAGUACUACAGAGCUAUUGAAUGACAGGUGGAAAAUUCUGAGAGUUUAUCAAGUUGCAGAACCACUGCAGUCAGACGUCGAGGGUACGACGAAAGCAAUGGCCAAGGUUUAUGCUUCUGCUGCUCCUCCCCACCUUCACAUGUGGAUAGCCGAAGAGCGCCUCGUGGCAACUCAUUUGUCCGCCAAAGCAGGUUGCAUGACAAGAGAAUGUCUGUCUCAAACUCUCAAAACGUUCUGCCCACAAGCCACUGAGUUAUCAUCGAGACACAGGUGCACCGCGAACACAUUGCUGUGUUGGGAUAUCUUGCUUCAAACGGAUUUACCUCGUGCCACCGACUUCCCGCCAAUAGCAUUAUGUACGAUUCUGCACCCGAAAUUCUCCAAAAUAGGAAAGACUGUUACCGAGUUGAUCUCAGACUCGGCCAACAAGAUCCGCAGCUGUCGAAAGUUGUGAAUGGAAUCGUCUGCUGCUGCAAAUCAUAACUGCCUCGUCCAUCUCCAACUUCUCCUGGAAAGGGCAGCGAUAACACCCCACGACUCGCUGCUUGCUGAUGAAAGAUUGCAGGGGUAUUGAUAACCGCCCCGCGGCAUCCUCUUGCUAAAAGCCACUACAAGUACACACCACGCCCGGGACCAAUCCAGGCUUCCCAAAUCAGCGCCUCUGCCCCGAGUUCAAGAAACUUCAGGCCUACCCUUGCAGAAGUUCUGCACUGCUCCUGUAGUUGCUUCUUCUAAGGACUUCACCCCCGAUCGAGCAAUCGUUUUCAUCGUGCACAUUUGCUGUAUCGACUACUGACUGCUGGUUCCUCCACCAAUUGACAGGGGAAAGCUGUCUAGGCGGUCUUCGCCCCAUGAUUAUAACAUCCCACGCCAUUGCCGCACCCCUCUUCAGACCCUCUUAGUCUGCUCCAGACGCUUAUCUCUAAGUUCUGAACUACCAAUCACCGAAGCUGGUUCUUGCCAUUUCUGAGAAUUGGUACAGUAAGGAAUAUCAUGGUGUAUCGGCGGGUCUCCUUGGCUACUAAUACACAGCACCAUGCCAGUGCAAAUUCCCACAUAUAUCCCAGCUUCGCCGGACCUGGACCGAGUCGACAAACAGAUGGAACCGUUUUCGACACACCUGUUACAAUGUGGUGGGACGAAGAACGAAUCGACUCAACAGUCAAUCGGCAAUUUGUGUUGUCAAAACUACGACCAGACGAACAAGCCCGACUAGACCAGCCUCUAGGGUUUGGAGAUGGCCUCACCGAUGACACCUAUAUGGAAUGGAUUGAAAUGAAGGCCAAACGGAUCUUCUUGAUCCUUGUCGAUCUUGGGGUUCCUGACCAAAUAUUUGGAGUUAUCGAUGAUUCUUGGGAUGAUGAUGAUCUCCCUGUGCCAUUCGAUCAGGUUGAGCGACUCCAGUUGACCUACGACAAAGACGAGAAGCUUGAGAAGAAAUUUUUCCAUCGCCAAUUCCUUUACCUCUUGAGAAAUGUCCAAAAAGGGGAGCAUUUGUACUACGAUGAUGAGGAAGUAGUGCCUCUAGAAUUCACAGAGAAAGUAGGAGCCGUAGCGAGUCUCACGCAGAGUAAUAUUGACAAAGUCCAUCUCCCGGGUCGACCAGACGAUGUAUUCGUUCGCCGACGGAUACCCUUGGGCACCACCCCCGGACGUAUGCCCAAAGAAGAGUUUCUAUCUGGUGUGGAAGCCAUGCGAGCAGUUGAACAUGACCAUCUGACCUCUCUGUGGGCUUCGUACGUCCACCAAGGCUCAGGAUAUCUUCUCCUCACUCCAGUAAACGAGAGCUCGUUGAAGUCGUUCUUGAAUGUAACCCCUCAGUCUAUCAAGAUACUAGCCAAGCAAGACCGCCGCAUCUUAGUUCUCAAUUGGAUUCAUUGCUUAGCCGAUGCAGUCUCCUUCCUGCACAAGAAAGGGCUCUCACACAGACACAUCAAACCCUCAAAUGUGCUACUCGAUGUUGACAAUAACAUCUUCUUAAGCGACUCUAGCAUCUUUGGCACGGAGAAACCCGGCUUCGACAAGGAAACUUACGACUAUCAAGCUCCAGAGCAAGCACCCCGGCCAGCUUCAACUGCGCCAGUUUCACGUCCAAGUACUGCCAGACGAACGACAAGUCAAGGAAAUUCAUUUGGAUUCUCAGCUGCCCAGCAAACAUUCCUAGCUUCCAAUGACCCUUCCUCCAUGUACAUUUCUUCGACUGGCACCGGCCCGACGCCUUCUACUGGCUCCUCUGUACCAAAUGUAUAUCCUUCUGGGAAGCACGAUCCCCAAAAAGCCGAUAUCUUCUCCCUCGGUACCAUUUUCCUCGAGAUCAUGACUUUCCUGCUGAAGCGCACAUCCCGCACUUUCGCUUCCCACCGUUCCAGCAAGAAUAAAACAGCUGGAAGGGGUGGCGGCCUGCCUGAUUCCUCCUUCCACAAAAACCCUCGCCAGGUUGAUAGCUGGAUGAGCAUCCUUGCCAAGGACGGAAAGAAGAAGGAGGACAGGAUCUUCAGGAGUGUAAGCCAUAUAUUGGCUUUGAUAGAAAAGAUGUUAAAUCCGACUCCCGACGAGCGGCCUAGUGCGUAUAAUGUUCAAGAAAAGUUAUACUGUAUUCUGAUUGAGUUCUGUGGUCUCGGCCCAUCGCCCCAAUCAAGAGGUAGGAUACACUGUACGAUACGUGAGGAGGAGAGCAAUGAUUGGAACUUCGGCUUCGAUAAACUGCGACUAGCCUCUCAACGAGCAGCUGCUGAAGCAUGCGCGAGUGUCAAUCCUGCCUUUAUGCAUGGAGGUCCAUCAGGAUCUGUGAGUUACGGGCUCGAGUGGACGCCUUCGGUAGUGUCAAGCGUGGCUUGGGGACCAGGUCCCAGUCCCCCUACAUCACCGGUAUCACCGAUCAGAGACAGAACGUUAGCGAGAGAUGGCGACAUAAUGAGUGUUUCGAGUGGGAAUAAGAGUGUAACGGGGCGCAGCUCGGAUGGGAAGUCCAGAUCUGGGAGCGCGAGUCUGGGAAGUGGUAUUCAGAAUGGGAAACCGAAACCUAAAGCGAAGGCGUGGCAGGCGCCGGUAUAUGCUGAGAUGAGCUUUGGAUGAUCGAAGCAAUAGGAUGCUUUAUGAUGGCGUUGACCGAUGGCUCAGGCAGCCAAACGUCAGAAUGACAAAACAAUGAUUAUGACCACGACGAAUGAACAAAUGGACGAACGAAUAAUGACAGUACAGUACGGCACAGCCCGGCAAGGAUAUCCCCGAACUCUCGGCGCAGGAAGGAAAGGAUCGUUGUUCUGAUAUAUACUUUGCAUUGGGGCUUUGGGGCCUGUAUUGAUUUUGAUUUACUAUCUUAGCUUCGCUGGUCCUCUGCUUCUGAUCUAAUUAGGUAGUCGGCUUAGUCGUGCACUUGGAAAGGACGAAUUGAGUGAAAAGUACUGAUCGUUGAAUUGAUGACUGGUUCAGUUUAUCAGGUUGGAUGGAUUGAUAUCAUCUUGGCUGAAUCACAAGCAGUGCUUUGGAUGGAAUUGGAUUGGACUAUCCUAGCACUACAUCGAUUACGGUCUCAUGGGUCUGUAGUAGUAGUAGCAAAC